CUUCUGGGAGGCAGCGUCCACAGUCCGGAGAGAAUGAAACAGUUGGGAACAUGAGCAACUGCGUGUGUCAUUGACGCUCCCCGUGAAUGAUCAAGGCUCAGGCCCUGUCGGGACGGUGAUCGCUAGGCCAGCUUGGUUUGGCCACCUGGCAAAGACCAGGUUCUGAGAAGCAAUGGUGAUGAGGGCCUUUGUGCUGCUGGCCGUCUUUGUGGAAGCCUCUGCGAAAUCAUGCACUCCAAAUAAAGCAGAUGUCAUUCUUGUGUUUUGUUAUCCCAAAACCAUCAUCACCAAAAUCCCUGAGUGUCCCUAUGGAUGGGAAGUGCAUCAGCUGGCCCUCGGGGGGCUGUGUUACAAUGGGGUCCACGAAGGAGGUUACUACCAAUUUGUAAUCCCAGAUUUGUCACCUAAAAACAAGUCUUAUUGUGGAACGCAGUCUGAGUACAAGCCCCCAAUCUACCACUUCUACAGCCACAUUGUUUCCAACGACAGCACCGUGAUUGUAAAGAACCAGCCCGUGAACUACUCCUUCUCCUGCACCUACCACUCCACGUACUUGGUGAACCAGGCUGCCUUUGACCAGAGUCCUUAUGCAAAAUUCUCUCCCCUUUUCAGAGUGGCCACUGUUCACGUGAAGAACGGGAGCAUGGGCACAUUUGAAAGCCAGUUGUCUCUCAACUUCUAUACUAAUGCCAAGUUCUCCAUUAAGAAAGAAGCCCCUUUUGUCCUGGAGACAUCCGAAAUCGGUUCCGAUCUGUUUGCAGGAGUAGAAGCCAAAGGGUUAAGCGUGAGGUUUAAAGUGGUUUUGAACAGUUGUUGGGCCACACCCUCGGCUGACUUCAUGUAUCCCUUACAGUGGCAGCUGAUCAACAAGGGCUGCCCCACGGAUGAAACAAUCCUCGUGCAUGAGAACGGGAAAGAUCACAGGGCGACCUUCCAAUUCAAUGCUUUCCGGUUCCAGAACAUCCCCAAACUCUCCAAGGUUUGGUUACAUUGUGAGACGUUCAUCUGUGACAGCGAGAAGCUCUUCUGCCCCGUGACUUGUGACAAACGGAAGCGCCUCCUCCGGGACCAGACAGGAGGUGUCCUGGUCGUGGAGCUCUCCCUCCGUAGCAGGGGAUUCUCGAGUCUCUAUAACUUCUCAGACGUUUUCUACCACCUCAUCGUGAUGCUGGGGAUUUGGGCCGUGUUAUAGGAGCGAGCCGGCCAGGCAGCUGCAGCUCCUCCAUCCGAGACCAUCUCCUUUGUCGAUGACAAACUCACACUUGGUGUGCUGCCAAAAAGGACAAACAGAAGACCGUGUUGUUGGGGAACAGACAAUAGUGCUUUGCCAAAUACGUGUUCCAAUGAUUUUUGUGAAUUUCAGUGAUUGUUUUUGUUUGGUGCCCUACUUCCUCUUGUCUCUUCCUGUGGCUCUUAGAUCCUGCAGUCCCUCCCUAUGGCUGUGGAACGGGUCUUCUUUCCCCAUACUCAAGGCAGGGCUGUGCUGGACUCCUUUGAAAGCUCUUGGAAUUUUAAAAGACUAGCACAGCCAACCAAGUGCAGCUGAGCAUGUUGAGGAGCCUGGAGGGCAUAACCACGAAGCCAGUGCUAAGUGCAGAAUGCACAGGAAUAGCCAACUCUGCCAAAGGGGCCUUGGUCACUGGUGCCAUGUAAUUCUCAUCUGAGGACCACAGCAGGGCCACCAGGCAAGGGUUCCAACCUUUCAAACGAUGAUGUGGGAAUCAGAGUGGAAUACAAUAGUUUUGCUCAAAUUUGAGUAAUAUAAAGGAAAACGAUUCUUGAGAGCCCCCAGGGCUAACCCAAUUUAUUUUACCUACAGGGUUUCUUAAAUAUGUAUAAACAUUGUAUAGGUAUAAACUCCUUAUUUUAUUGUUGAUAUAUAGUGUUAAAAUCAAAAGAAAAUUACAAAUUAAAUAGGAAUAAAGCUGCAAAAAGACUAAAACUCACAUUGACAUUCAUUUAACAUCAUAAUAUAGCUUGGCUUAAACGAAACUGCUGCUUGCACAACAUGUCUGCAGAGUGACUGCCAUGACAGGUCCUCGGAAGCUUGUCAACCCCAUUCUAUCAUAGGCCUGGCGAUGCCUAAUGCUCUCACUAUUUUUUUCUGUUUGUUCUACUAAGAAACCUUCAUUUGUACAAGUGGUCUGGUCUCAUUUAGCCUUUACUUCCACAUUCAGACCCAUAUCUGUUUUUCUUUCAUGAACUUAAUGAUCAUUAGAGUGGAAUCAACCAAAACAUCAGAACCACAAUUGCAACAUAUGGCCAAUGAAAUCAUGUGAUGCCACACCCUAGUAACACUCCUGCCCCAGUGACCCAGAAUACGGUGAUAUUAGUAAUGUACAUGGUCAACAAAACAGAAACUGAAUAAACCAAUCCUGGUCAAA